GAACUCAGUAGAAAGUUUUGUUGGUUCUUCAACCAAUUCUCAUGAAAAGACAUUUAUGAACACCUUCCCUAACCCCUACGGUUAAAACUUCAAAAGUGGUUACACACCCAUUUAAACAACCCAAACUACUCACCAUCAACUUAUUUCAAUCAUUAUAAAUUGAAAGUUAAAACAGAUCAAAUUGAUCUGUACUUCUUUAAACUGCAAAUUUUUUUGCCACGUGGCGACAACCUAAUUGGCCAAGUAAUGGCAGCCCUCCAAGCCUACUCAAUCUGCCGUAUGUCCAUACCCAACUCGCCACGUUGUGAAUGCCGUUGAAUCAAUUUUCAAACUCUAUGGAGUAAGGGAAAAAAUAAGAUGCCACCUAAGCUCUACCCAAUUAAUUUGGAAUUUCUGGAAAUUCACCUUAUUAUAUAUUACCUUCCUCUGUUGCAGCACCAAAACAAACCAAAACAGAACUCUUUCUAAAAUUGAAACACAUCAAACCAUUUUUCUUCUUCUACUAUGGAUUGGACUAGAGGCCAUACCAUAGGCCACGGCUCCUCUGCCUCCGUCUCCGUUGCUAAGUCACGUUUCUCCGAUGAGGUUUUUGCUGUCAAGUCAGUUGAGCUAUCCAAGUCAGAGUUGCUACAAAAGGAGCAGAAAACUCUGUCCCAAUUGAGCUCACCUUAUGUAGUUAGCUACAAGGGGUGCGAUGUUACUAAAGAGAAGGACAAACUCAUGUUUAAUCUUAUGAUGGAAUACAUGUCGGAAGGUACACUCGUCGAUGAAAAUCGGAAACAUGGUGGUCGGAUCAACGAGCCUUUGAUAGGGUAUUAUGCCAAGCAAAUUGCACAAGGACUAGAGUACCUACAUUCAAGGGGCAUAGCACACUGUGACAUUAAGGGGCAGAACAUUUUGUUAGGUAAAACCGGUGCCAAAAUUGCCGAUUUUGGUUGUGCCAGGUGGAUUGAUCAAGCAGACAGGGUCGUUGGUGCCACGGAGCCAAUUGGUGGGACCCCGAUGUUCAUGGCACCGGAGGUGGCGCGUGGGGGAGAACAGGGGCGUCCGGGUGAUAUUUGGUCAUUGGGAUGUACGCUUAUUGAAAUGGCCACUGGUAGAUCGGCAUGGACUAAUGCCACAAACGCAGCUUCAUUGCUCUACCAAAUUGCAUUUUCUGGGGAAUCCCCAGAAAUUCCAAAAUUCUUGUCUUUAGAAGCAAGGGAUUUCUUAAGCAAAUGCUUGAGAAGAGAUCCGAAAGAAAGAUGGACAGCUAAACAACUCCUAAAACAUCCGUUUCUUGAGGAUUUCAAUUUGAAUUCCACGACAGAUCAAGAUUUUGUGACAAGUUCGCCGACAAGCAUUCUUGAUCAAGACAUAUGGAAUUCAGAAACUAUGGAUCAUUAUUCAAUACUAACAGCAAGCUCAGUGGAGUCUCCUCUGCAAAGGGUAAGAAAAUUAGGUUCAGAUUCAGAACUGAAUUGGAGAAGGAAUGAUGAUGAGAGAUGGAUCACAGUUAGAAGUAGUAGUGAAUAAUUACUUGAAUACUUGUUCAUAGAAAAUGACACGUUGCUGUAAAUUUUGUACUAUACAACAGUGUACAGAUUCAAAAAAUUCUUUCAUCUCUUGAAAACUGACAAGAAAUUUUAAGUUUUGAUCUUUAAACUUCUUUAAACUUUUGAAGUAUCAUUUACUAGUUGGAGAAAAGCAAUACACCACAAGUAUGAUCAAAUUUAUUACGAUAUAUUUUAAUUUUA